AUCAUGAUGGAAGGACCACUGAGCAAGUGGACGAAUGUUAUGAAAGGAUGGCAAUACCGGUGGUUUGUGUUAGACGAGGGCACCGGUUUGCUAUCCUAUUAUACUUCGAAAGAAAAGAUGAUGAGAGGUUCCAGACGAGGCUGUGUGCGCUUAAAGGGAGCAGUGAUUGGCAUAGAUGAUGAAGACGAUUCAACAUUCACACUCACCUGUGAUGAUAAGACGUUUCAUUUUCAAGCACGGGAUGGAGACGAGCGAGAGAAGUGGAUUCGCACAUUAGAGGAUACAAUCGUACGUCACACCCAUCCUCAGAGUGCCAGAUACCUGAAGGGCGCUCCCUCAACGUUGUCCUCAUCGAUGGUCGACUUUGACAAGAAGAUGCUUGAAGCCGAUGCAUACCUGCUGCUCCUCAUUAAUCAGAUCAAGAAGCUCGAGGACAGGAUACUAGGGCAUGAGGAUGCGGCCAGUCGCUCGCAGCUGGAGGGGCUGCGUCAGCAGUCCUGUAUUAUGGUGGAGACUAUAAAGCAUUCUAUCAUGAUGCUACAGAUCGGCAAGGCAAAUGCAGGUGGAAUUAUGACAGAUGGCGGCACUAACCUACCAGUGGGUACAGUCAGGAAAGGUGUUGUCGAGCAGGCUGCAGAGGUGUGUGAGGACUAUGAAGAUGCUUCCACUCAGAUGCCCACCAAACAGACAGGUGAGGUAGCAGUCAGUAUGUCUGUGCCGAGUACGCUGACCACUGCACCGGUAGAGCAGCAGGUGCGUAUGACCAGCAACGUACCACCACUGUCCUACUCCAGCAGCGAGGACGAUGAAUUCUACGAUGCCGAUGACAACGAUGCAAAGGAACAGCAACAGCAGCAGCAGCAACAAUGCAAGAGUCCGUCAACGUGGGUGCAUGGAGAUGGACAGAUGGCGCCACCAGCCAGUGAAGCAAGGGAUGCAGCAGCAGAGAGGGAGGUUGUUUCUAUAGACCAGGUCAACGUAGACAGCGUCUAUGAUGAGGAUGCUGAGGAUGACUUGGAGUCAUUAGAGCAACAUGGUAGCAUCAUCACACACCUACUGUCACAGGUUCGAAUCGGGAUGGACCUGACCAAGGUCGUGCUGCCGACCUUCAUCCUGGAAAAGCGCUCCCUGCUAGAGAUGUACGCUGACUUCUUUGCUCAUCCGGACUUGUUCGCCAAGAUCCCUGAUUACAGUGAGCCACGUGAUAGAUUCACGGCCGUCGUACGAUACUAUCUCUCAGCGUUCCACGCCGGUCGCAAAGGCGCCGUCGCCAAGAAACCCUACAACCCCAUUCUCGGUGAAACGUUUCGUUGUCACUUCGAGCUGCCGGCGAGAACACAUGCAGCCACAGAAUUGGUAGACGAUGGACCCAUUCCAUGGGUGACCAAGGACAACGUGACGUUUCUGGCUGAGCAAGUGUCACACCACCCACCCAUUUCAGCCUUCUAUGCAGAACACUAUAAUAAGCGGAUUUCGCUGAACGCUCACAUCUGGACUAAGUCGAAGUUUCUUGGGCUGUCUAUCGGCGUGCACAUGAUUGGUCAGGGAUGUCUCGCGUUGCUGGACCACGGCGAGGAGUACAUCAUCACAUUCCCAAACGGAUACGGCAGGUCCAUACUGACGGUGCCCUGGGUGGAGCUUGGAGGGAGAGUCACGAUAACAUGUGCCAAAAACAAGUUUUCCUGUUUCAUCGAUUUUAUCACAAAGCCAUUUUAUGGAGGUAAGAAGCAUCGGAUCGCAGCAGAACUGAUGGAGAACGGGAAGAAGCCAUUCAUGACCAUCUCCGGAGAGUGGAACGGCAUCAUGGUCUCGAAGGAUGAGCAGACAGGGGAGACGGACGUGUUUGUUGACACGAAGCACAUGCCAGUCAUUAAGAAGCGAGUACGUCCCAUCGCCCAGCAACUACCGUACGAGUCACGCAGGCUAUGGAAGGAUGUGACAGCAGCCCUCACUAUCAAGGAUGUGGACAAGGCCACAGAGGGCAAGUUUCAGCUGGAGCAGAGGCAGAGAGAGGAAGCAAAGGAGCGACGAGAGACGGGAAAGAAGUGGGAGACAAAGCUUUUCCACGAGAACGGCGAGAACUGGAUCUAUGACUCACCGUUGCAACGGCGCCUAGCGGAGAAGGGCAUCCCCACGGCCCCGCUCGAUGAUGAUGCCAUCUCCAUCAGCUAGCGCCCUUCAGCACGAUCGGCGAGAAAGGAGGAAAGAGAGGAUCCCCUCGUAUGAUGCCCCCCGGCAGAGGUGAAGGUGGAGGUGGCGGCAGCAGCAGUUGCAGCAGUGUAGGCAGCAGCAGCAGCGACAGCAGCUGCAGCAGCGGUGGCGGCUGCAGCAGCAGCAGCAGCAGCAGCAGCAGCGGUGGCGGCGGUGAGGAAGGAGGACAUACUCCUGCCCAUUCGUGCGUUGUUUUCCCUUCAGUGGGCGUGCAUACUGCUACGGUGGGUAGACUCACCUAGGGAGGGCAUGAGAACCUCACCAUGACAACGGCAUGGUUGUGGCUAACGAGGGACGAGGUUGGACUGGUGUAGGUCACCGUGGGCCGCGGACAGUGGCGAGCUGACCAAGACUGGUGGCCAUCUAGUCGAUGACUGAGUUCAACUCUGGUUGACCUUGUCGGUCAGUAUCCAUGUACCAAGCUGCUGAGGGCAGUGACCUAGAAUUUGGUCUUGGACUGGCCUUGGUUCCAUCUGGUGUGGGGGGUGGGGGUUAACUUCGAUGCUCAAGUCUGCAUGAAUGAUACGGAGGCUGGGAUGAUCGACCGAUUGCUGUGGUUUGUUAGCUGCAUCGGGUAAUUACUUGUUCAUUAGUCUGUGAUGGAGUUGCACUACCGCGUAGGUGGCACAUUUCGACACACCGUGUCGCCAUUUUCGUGUGUUUUUCUCUUCCUUUUUGAUGGUACAUUGUUUGGUACGUUUUGAUGGUACGUACCGGUGCAGUGUCUUGUUACGAGUGUGGAGACGAGUUACUCACGCGUCUGUGAUGAAUAGAUCUGCGUAUGCCACACACUCGUCGUCUGUUAUUACGAAAAUGUGAUCUCGUAAUUAAGUUAUUGGGCUAAAUACAGCGGAAUAGAAUUAUAUCGGUAUACUAGGGUUAGUAGCGAUUAUCUCUUUCUCUCUCUCACGCUCUCUCACGUUCUUUCUUUCUUUCUCGCUUUCUCUCUUUCUCUCGCUUGCUUGCUCUCUUUCAAUCUGUUUCUCUUUCUUUUUUCUCUCUCUCUCUCUCUCUGCGUCACCCAUUCUAUUGUUGAACAUGAGCAUUAGCGGUUCCCCGUGAGCAUUUUCCCGCGUGUAUGCAUGUAUAAAUAAAUAGCAAUUCGUAAGUCUGGAUAAGCUACGAUUCGGCAGGAUUUACAUUUCCGGCUGCGAUAUUUGAAUGAUGCGUACCCUGUUAGACAACGCUCUCGUCGUUUCACGAGCGCGUGACUGACGCAUAGACGUGUGACAGCGGAGAACUGAUAGACAGGGUAGGGAGUUAUAUCUCUUGAAAUCGAGCAGAUUGAAAAAAACGUGCGGAAAUCGCAGGUUUCCUGUACGCGCGCGAACCGCGUGUUCAGCUGCACCAUAGACAUAUUAAAUAAAUUUAUAAGUAGCGAUGAAUGACCGUUUAUGUAUUUCUGUGAUUGUAAACGUGUGUUCGCGCAGGUAUAUGAUAAAUUUGAAUAAAUGAAUUCGUUGAGACAGAA